UUGGGAAUGUGCACCCAGGGGCGGACUGACCAUUUGGAAACUCAGGCACUGCCCGAGGGUCCGGGGUCAUUAGGGGGCCCCAUGAGAUACCCCUGGUACCUUUUUCAUAGGCUUUUUUGAGUUUGGGCAAGUACACAGGGGCCCCAUGAUCCCCUAUUGCCUGGGGGCCCCAUGAAUUGUCAGUCCGCCCCUGUCUGCACCAUAUAUAGGAGGAAUUUUUAAUUACCUCUGGUUAAUACAAAAAAACCAUAUGCAAUCCACCAAUCACAUCAACUG